AUGUUGAAUAAUCGGGAAAGCGUUUUCAAUUCAUUGAACAACGAUGCACUGGCCGCCCACAAUCGGUUUCGGGCUAUGCAUGGCUGCCCUCCGUUGACCCUCGACUCUGCUCUGUCUCGAUCGGCACAGAAGUGGGCCGAAGAUUUGGCUCUAAAUCAGUGCAUGCGCCACAGUGAUCAAACCACAUACGGGGAAAAUUUGGCCUAUAUGGGUGUCACGAAGGAAACAUUUUUUGGUGGGGGAGACGCAUCAAAAAUGUGGUACAGCCAGAUCGAUUUCCAUGACUAUGAUGGUGAAAUGACAUAUGAAACCUGCUAUUUCACGCAAAUGAUUUGGAAAGACACGAAGAUUGUUGGUUUUGGUCAAGCCACCAGUGCUGACGGUUGCGCAUGCUACAUUGUGGCACAUUACAUGCCCAAGGGGAAUAUUCGUGGACAGUUCCACACCAAUGUGUUUCCACCAAGGCUGGACGCGUUUGCAGAACAGUAUGAUUCAAUGCGAAUGUCUCAAGCGGCCACCUUGCCGGCCGUAACGCCCAGUAUACCGGCUCGUCCGGAGACCAAAGAGGAACGAAAAGCGCGCGAAAAAGCGGAGAAAAAAGAGCGAGAACGGUUGGAGAAGGAACGAAAGGAGAUGGAAAAACGAACAAAGAAGGAAUUAAAAGAAAGGGAAAAAUUGGAAAAGAAAGAAAAGAGAAAAUCGCUCAAAUUGUAA